AAGUUUUCUUUAUUCUGUUUUGAUUUCCUUGGACAAAUUUGUUAGUUUUGACAAUCAUUCAAAAGGGGGAAAAAAGGAAUAUACCUUAAUCCGUGUCCAUAUACCUUGUUUAACAGAGCAGAAGACUGAGUGCAGAGGAGCGGCGCAAUAUGUUUAAAAAUGAGUUUUCAGUUCUAAAGAUUUUGUGCUCCAUGGGUGGAGACAAAGUGAAUCCACAAGAAAAGUGUUGGAAAGGAGACUGUUCUGUGGCUUGUACACUUUAAGUCUCUGGCUUCCUCCCCCUACUGACUUUAAUUUUAACACUAAGAUGCAGGAGAAGCAGAGUUCUGCACUGUCCGCUCACCUUCACUCUGGCCAUGCUGCCCUGCUUUGCUUUGAUGGUCAGCGGGUGGAGUAGCACAUGAUGUCAAUCAGUUGGACCUAAAAGAGCAUGCCUUAGAGGGAACUGUGACUCAGCUGUAGGCAUUUUAAAAAGCCCUGCUUUAUGCAGAUUAAGGAAAGGGAAUUAAAAGGGAUCUUCUUGUAGAGUCAUUGCUCAGUAAUUUAACAGGGUCAAGGAAAUGGAAUGGAACAUCAUUUCAUCUGGCAUUGAACCUGACCUCAGUUUCCAAUUCCUAUUGGAUAAACCCAACUGUUAACUUUAGCCCUCCCCACCACACACCUAACUUCUACACUAGGUUUAAAACCAGCUAAUUUCUUCAUUCUAUCUUCUGUCUCCUACCCUAUGCUUAAAAGCAGCUGCCUUCCCUCUGGGUAGGGAAGACUACACCAUGCUGCUGUAGUUGUUGUGCUAAUAAAUAUUUUUACCUCAAUCUGUUGUCUCUAGGUCUUAAAUCAGCACAACACUGGCCAGAGCUAUGGAACAAUAAAAUAAGUGGUACAGUCUUUGUAGGUCCAGGAUGCAGGACAGAUGGGGAUGUAUGGAGCACAAAGGGGCGGGAGCUGGUGAACACAAAAAGAAUAUAGCCAGCACAUCUCCUAGGGUUGCUGUGAAAGUUAUUUACAACAACGAAUGUAAAAGAACUUAGUGUACAUUGAAGUGCUUUCAUAUGCGUCCUUCCUUAUUUUUGCAAAGCAUUUUAGAAUUUGCACAGUAUUUUGGGGGUCCCAUGUCACAAUACUGAGAAAUAGCAUGCUUCACCCUCUUCUGCUGAAAUGGCUAACUUUGCCAUGAGGAAGGAAGUUAGGUUCAUUCUUAUUAGAAUCUAGGAAAAUUUAAAUUCAAGCUCAGACAGCAUCAGGGUGUCUGCUACCAUCAGGGUGGCAGAGUCUCCAGGUUAUCCUUUGUUAUUGGUUCUCUGUGUCUUCCGCAGUGAUGGAACUUCCUGUAAGACAACCCCAACAGAACAAAGCCUACUUCACAGCCUCUUUCACAGCAAAAUGUGGUCCUAUAGCUUAAGUUCUGGCCAUGAAAAGAAGGGUUGUGUGGCAGCUGCGGGAACCUUUCUUAGAAGGAAGCAGCCAAGUUUGUGAGCAGUAUGUGUCAUAAACCCGAAGGUGGUCCAAUAUAAUACACUGGGAUCCAAUCUUUGCCUCCUUUUCUUUUCAUUCCUUGUUCUGCCUGAAAUGCAGAUGCCACAUCUGGGGUGAGGAGAUGACAGCUGCCCUCUGGAGUUGGUGGAGUGGUGACAGGCAGGAGGGAGCCUCCUCUCUGUGGACCCUGUGUGGCAGAGCCACCACACUGAGCUGCAGACAGAGAGAAAAUAGAGUCUAUCAUGUGUGAGCCUGUGCUAUUUUGAGUUUCCUCUUCCAAAUGAACAAGACCUGGCCAGGAUUAAGAAGAACAGUAGGCCUUGUGCCACUCCUGGGGUCUAUACUUGCACCACCGCUCUGUAGAGUGGCAGCAACACCUGGUAAAGCUGAAGACCUGCAGGGUCAGGUAUAUUGGGUUUGUCAGCAGGUGGCAGAAUCCCAGGAAGGGUGUAUUGCUCCCAUCAGAUGUCCGGGGCUGGUACAGUGGCUCCCAGCACCAGCAAUUCCUGUUGUCCAAAUCCUCCUUCUCUCGCCUUAGCCAUGGCUUUGGUAUCAAAGCUAAAAUAGUACUGCUGCACCUCUGGCUUCACCCAGUAGCCCACCUCUCUGGAUGUCAGUGCUGGCGGAGGAUAAAGUCCCAUAUUGCUACCAUGGCAACUCUUGUUAGAACCUCAGGAAAUGAUUUGGAGAGGUAGGAGCUGAGGACACAAUUUCUUAGCGAAACAGAGAGCUGGGCAGAGUCGUUUGUGGAUGUUCACCAUUAACUUCACAUGAGACACCCACGAGAAUUCUCCAGAUAACAUUUAGCAAAGGAAAAGGAAAAGCAGAAAUCACAUCUCUGAGCAGAAGUGAGGCAGGACGUGUGUGUCCAGGCCCAGGAAGGUUGGCUUGGUUUCAGGAACAGCCUGUACAGCCUCAGGGUGGCCAGGUGGCCCUUGGAAAGGCUCAUGAGCUCUGGAACUGUCCAGUGACCUUGGUUUGAUCUUCUAGUGUUCCAUCUAUUGGCCAUGUGACCUUAUUUCCUCAUUUGUCAAUGUUGAAGAUUUUAAUAGAAAAUACAUAAAAUAAAAACAUGGGAAAGUGUUUCAUUUAGUUGAGCAUCUGGCUUAUAAGAAUUAUUCACGGAUGUUCCUUCUUUGUGGUCUCCAUGCUCUGCCAGGCAGGUGAGAGUGGCUGUCACAGUGUCCCAAGGCUGGUUCUGAGCUGGGACAUCCAGCUAUGAAAGGAGGUAGUAAUUGGUUUGGGUCCUGGCACGGUAGCAGGCACGAUAUAGACAAGGUCACCCCAGCCGAUUUACUUCUCCCAUAACUGAGAAGUCAGGACAGAAGGUUACCAUGACCCCAGUAAAGCAAAUAUUAUUGGUUUCAGGACUUAAGAGGGUGCAAAUAUUUGUCAGUACCUCACAAUUAUCUUGCUUUCACCUAUCUGACUCAUUUCUGGGGCUUCCUCUGUCGGGAUCUGCGGCUAUCUGCCUCUUUAUUGGGGAAGCUUUAGCUGGAAGGGGCCAGUGGCAGGAAUUCUCAGGGGCCAUAGAAGGCUCUGGCACCCAUUGUGAUGUGGGUUUCUGUUUCUGUAGCAACAGUGGGCACCCCUGAUGUCGUCUCCAGGCAAACACUGAGAAGUAGAGACCAGGGACCGGGAGGAAGAGUGGGUGUGUAGAGCUGUUGAGGCCCCGGAGAAGUGAGGGAACCAACCUCAGCUUCCUGGAGAGAAUGGCCAAGGGGAGACGCUUCAAACCCUCUUUAGACAAGGAUGGAAGUUGGUUCCCUCAUAUUGGACUUACACAAAAGACACCAGAAUCCCUCAUGAGUUCUGUGUUAAAAGAGCCUUACUGUCUGAAAUUUAUUCAGCAAGCAGAGGAGAAGCUGCCACCAAUAUACAAAGUCAGGGAGAAGCAAGCAGUCAGUAACAACUUCCCCUUCUCUGUGCAUGACAAUCGCCACAGUUUGGAGAACUCUGGAUGCUACCUUGACUCCGGCCUGGGACGUAAGAAGAUCUCCCCAGAUAAAGGGCAGCAUGUUUCUAGAAAUUUCAAUCUUUGGGCAUGUGACUUCAUUCCAUCUUGUCUUGAUGGCUUUUCAAGUAACCAAAUAGCCUAUGUCUACAAGGAGGCCAUGACUGCCCCAAACUUCAGACGUUUUCCAAAAUCUUAUAACAAUGUAUGGGACACCUUCAAAACUGCUGAGCAAAGCUGUGUGAAGCCAAAGUAAGACCUGCUGCUGACAAAAGGCUGUUUCUUCUCAGGAACUUUAAUCCUCCUGGGAGACUCCUGAUGAGCUUUACAAUAUUACUAUUUCCUCUGACAUUCUAAAAGUAUAUAUAUUUUUUGAUCUAGCACUACCAUUUAAUCUUUGAAAUACUAUUAUUUUUAAUAAGGUUGAAAAAGAUUGAAAAACAUUCAAUCUUUGUAAAAUAGAUAUAUGUGAAACUAUUCACAUAUACAAACUUUUAAGAUUGUCACAUUUACCUGUAAGGGAGUUUUUAAAAUUACAUACUUCAUAUAUGGCAUCAUAUACUUCAUAUAGUUUAUACUGUAAAAUAUACUUCAUAUAUUUUCACUUUGAAAUUUCAAACAAAUAUAGAGAAAGCAAAAGGCCCCUUAAUCACAUCACAUAAUAAUCUUUAUUCUUUCCUCAAAAGUUAGUCAUUUGUUUUUACUCUGUGCAUUUACAAUCAUAAUACACAUGUAUAAAUAUAUAAACAUUUAAACACAAACUAUGGCCCACAGUAUAUAAUAUCCUAUAACAGUCUUCUGAUUUUUAGUCAGGAACUUGGAAUUCUCACAGCGUAUUUUUAUCAGUAUAAUUGACUGAUUUUAUUUUUCAAUGGCUGUACUAUCUUACCUAUAUUUUAAAAAAUUAUUUUAUUACUUGUGGGCAUUUGAAUUGUUCAUAACUUUUGAACGAGGCACAGCGCCACAUGAACGUGCGAAACCAACCUCUCUGAGUGCACUUUGGCAUGUCCCCGAGGCUGGAUGCUGAAAGUGCCUUUUAGAGCUGGACUGGACAGGUCAGCAGGUCAAGUCACGCCCAAAUUGCCUUUGAAAGGUGGGCCUGUUAAACUCCUCGCAACUGUAUCUGUGAGUUUCUGGGGGUGUUUUUUGCCCUCACAUUAUCUUUUGGAAGUUUAAGAAUAUUUAAGAACAAAACAAAUUAUCUUGUUAUUUCUUAUUUUGCAUUUUUCUAACGACUAGUGAGGUUGAGUGUCUUUUUCCCAUGCCGUGGUCAUGCAUGUUUCCUUCAUUCACCGAGCAGUAUCAUCAUAAUUCUAUAUCAAAGUUUCCUGUUCGUUUCUGGAUAUACUUCCUCUGCAUGAAUUUUAGACUAACCUCACCAAGUUAAGAAAAAGCCAUUGCCAAUUUGGUAGAUUUUUCCCAACUUUUGAUAUCAAUUUAUGGGAAAAUUUACUGUAUACUCUGGUAUAUCUCCCCAUUUACUAUAUCCCUGUUUUAUAUACUUCAGUAAAGUGUACUAUUUUCCUCAUAUAGACCUGACAUUUUAAUGCUUGUUUCUGCAUAUUUUAAAAGUUUGUGGUUAUUUUGAAUGUUAUAUUUUAAGUUGCACUUUUAGACUGUAUUGGUUAUUGUGUAAGAAAGCUGUUGAUUUCUGUGUAUGAAUCUUUUUUAUUCACUCUUGCAUUGCUUGU